AUGUCUGUCUCGCAGAAAGUUGUCUUGGUGUCAAGAAAAGAACAGAGAGAGGGUGCCAACGGGCUUAUCGGAGGUCAUCUCCUGUCCUUCUUCUUGGAGAAAUCGUGCUCGGUGCAGGCUGUGGUUCGAUCCGAAGCCAAAGCAAAGAGAGUCACCAAGGACUUCUCCGGCUAUGACAGGUCGAGGCUCGACUUCUCUAUCGUGUCCGACAUCACGGCGCCGGGAGCCUUUGACCAGUGCAUCAAGGACGCCCAGCCCCUCGACGCCAUCAUCCACGUCGCUUCCCCGUUCAACUUCGCCGCGGUCAAGUCAUCUGGUGAUUUCAUCGACCCGGCAGUCCAUGGCACGACGGAAAUCCUGAAGUCGGCCGCAAAGUACGCGCCCGGGCUCAAACGACUGGUCAUCACGAGUAGUUUUGCGGCCAUCGGGAACCCACUGGAUCUCCAAGGAAAUGGGAGAGUGUAUUCCUCCCAGUCGUGGAACCCUGUGACCAAAGAGCAGGGAUACUCGGGGGAUGUGAACCUGGCGUAUUGGGCGAGCAAGACCCUGGCAGAGCAGGCAGCUUGGGAAUUCGUCACGACGGAGAAACCAGGCUUUGAGCUCGUCGUCCUCAACCCGCCCAUCGUGUACGGUCCCCUCAGGCACAGCAUUGGUUCCGUGAGCGAUCUGAAGACGUCACACGCGAUUCUUUGGAGGCUCAUGAAUGCCGGAAAAGGCGCCCUGUCCCAGAUGACUCUCCGCAUAUCUCUGUCGAUGUCCGGGACUUGUCGUUGGCACAUUAUCAAGCGGCCUUUGCUCCCGGGGUUGGAGGCCGGAGAUUUCUCAUCACUCCCUGGCAGUAAUAGCAACCAGGAAAUCUGCGACAUUUUGAGAAGGGAAUUUCCGGAGCUCGACGAGAAGAUCCCCCUGGGGAAUCCAGGCCAGCAUGCCUUGCCUGCAGGCUCGUUCAAGGUCGACAAUUCGUCGUCGCGAGAGGUGCUGGGUGUGGCGUAUCGGCCAUUCGAAACGACUGUCGUGGAUACUGCAAGGAGUUUGUUGGGGGUGGCAAAGACAUUGACGGCAAAGGUGUGA